AUGGCUCUGCGCAGUCUGCCAAGACGCGCCCCCCAAAUGGGGAUGCGCUGGACCAGACGGUUCUCAAGCUCCCCGCGAAAUGCCAGUUAUGCGGAUACUCUGCCCAAUUUGAAGAUUGGGGCUCAUACGCGUGUUUUAUUCCAAGGAUUUACUGGAAGACAGGCGACGGCCAACGUCAAGGAAUCUCUGGAAUGGGGCACCAAGAUUGUGGGCGGAGUUAAGCCUGGCGUGGAGGGAGAGCACCUGGGACUCCCGGUGUUCCCCUCUGUCAAAGUGGCUCAAGAAAAAGCAAAGCCGGACGCCUCUGCCAUCUACGUUCCAGGGAACCAGACUGCUCAAGCUAUUGAAGAGGCUAUCGAGGCGGAGAUUCCUCUCGUGGUAGCCGUGGCCGAGCACGUUCCGAUCCAUGACAUUCUCCGGAUCCACUCUAUGCUGCAAACUCAGUCCAAAACUCGUCUCGUCGGCGCAAACUGCCCCGGGAUCAUCUCUGCCAUCGGCAAGUGCCGAAUCGGCUUCCAGCCUUUGCCGUGCUUCGCACCCGGCAAUGUCGGCAUUGUAGCCAAGUCGGGGACGCUGAGCUACGAAACUGUCGCUUCAACUACACGAGCUGGCCUCGGUCAAAGUCUGUGCAUCAGCAUGGGUGGCGAUGUGUUGGCAGGAACUAACUUUGUUGACGCGUUAAAGAUCUUUGAACACGAUGAAGACACCGAAGGUAUCAUUCUCGUCGGUGAGAUUGGAGGCACUGCGGAGAUGGAUGCGGCUGAGUGGAUCAAGGAUUACCGACGGAGAACUGCCGAUCCCAAGCCCAUCAUGGCUCUUGUUGGCGGUUUGGAAGCACCCCCGGGACGGAUUAUGGGACAUGCGGGAGCUUGGGCUGCACCUGGUGAACCUGAUGGUCAGACCAAAUACCAGGCUCUGGAACGGGCUGGAGCUGUCAUGGUUAACCAUCCUGAAAAGUUUGGCGAAGGAAUGAAGACUCUGUUGGGCAAUAAGGCUACUCGACCGGGCACAAGCGUGAGUUCUAACGUCUCGCAAAAGCGCGGGUUCCAUACAAUGAGACGCUUUACUCCAACCUCACAGUCGGCUGUCCAGCAGAAGCGCAACCUCUACAUCAAGCAGUUCCAGGCCCUCGAUAUCCUCAAGCAAAAGUCGAUCCCCGUCAACGAGACGGUCUCCAGCUCCGACGGAUCCGUCUCCAUCUCUGUGGAUCGAACCGCUCUGUCCCCGUGCAUCGUGGCAUCCCCAGGUCCCGAGUUUGAGCCAGCUCGGUCUCGCAAAUUUCCUUUCAGCUACAAGCUAGCCAAUUUUGAAGGUCAGUCGGUGAUUUCCGAAGUGGUGUCGCACUUAGGUCUUCCCGCUUCAGCCCAGGGCAAGUUGGCCAGCCUGGUCCGGGCGCUGUGGGAGAUCUUCAAGGAGAAGGAGGCCUUUGUUUUGGAGACUCGCAUCGGACUCUCCGCUGAAGGCAACUUGGAAGUUCACGGUGCCCACUUUGGAUUUGACGACGCAGCAUACCGCAGCUCCGGGCGUCAAGAAGCCAUCCACAGUCUGCGAAACAAGGCGGAGGAGGUUCUCGAGGAGGUCGAGGCUGAGAAGGAUGGAAUUGUCUACGUCAAACUUCAAGGAGAAGGUAGCAUCGGUACACUAGUGAACGGCGCCGGACUUGCCAUGAACACAGUCGAUGCUCUCACCAUCCAUGGCGGACACUGCGCCAACUUCCUCGACACUGGUGGUAAAGCCACCUCCGAGACCGUCAAGUCGUCCUUCCGAAUCAUCUGUUCCGACCCACGAGUGAAGGCUGUCUUUGUCAAUAUCUUCGGCGGCUUGACGCGCUGCGACAUGAUUGCGGAGGGUAUCAUUAUGGCAUUCCGAGAUCUGGAUAUGCAAGUACCCGUCGUGGUGCGGCUGCGUGGGACCAACGAGGAGCUCGGUCAGAAAAUGAUUGCCGAAAGUGGGCUCCCUCUACAUGCAUUUGAUGGAUUUGAAGCUGCAGCCAAGAAGGUGAUUUCUCUGGCUGAGAACAAAUAG